AUGCCCCCCAAAGCCGCCCCUCGUGGGAGCGCCCGUGAAGGGGCCGCCAACCGUGGUGCCCGAACUGACACAACUACUCCGACUCCCGCUGGCGGGGGCACUGCGCAAAAUGCUCCCACCACAACUGGCGCGCCUAGUCCUGCGAGUCGAGCUUCAGUGCAACGGCUUCAAACACUGAACAAACGCACACCUUCCGGCAGCAUUGCGCCCAUUAGUCGGCCGCCGUCUGCGCUUGGUGGCGAGCCGCCCAAACCAAUCCUGAAACACAAACCGAAGGCCGUUGGGCGUCGCAGCAAGCAGGAGCGAGAUGAGAUCGAGAGACUUGAACAAGAACGAUACAAUGAGCGUCUGAAGGAGGCAGCCGCUAUUCAGCGUGGCCGUGGUGGUACUGCUCGUCGUGGUGGAUUCCGUGGCCGUGGUGGACCCAUGGCCAUGGGUAUGAGUGGAUUUGGUGGACGAGGCGGCAAGCGAGGUCGUGGUGGUUAUGGUGGCGGCGGAGGCGGUGGAUAUGGAGGAGGUCCAGGCGGUGCAGGUUCUGGAUACAAUCGGUCUGGCCUUACUGGGGGCAACCGCGGGCGUGCAUAUGAUUCUUCAGACGACGAAGAGAACGCGCUCCGAGUCAGCAUCGAUCAUAUCAACCUCGACAGCGACGAGGAGGACUGGGAUAUGCCAAAAGAUUUCAAGGGCAAACAACCUAGCAGGUCAAGCGGCGAACGUGGACUUCGUCCUGUCCGUGUUGAGCGACAUGAACACGAGGAAAGAGUCAUCAGCGUCAACAUGGAAUCCAGCACAAGUAGAACCGCCGAUCUCCGCAUAAAAGCACAAAAGGAGAAGGAGAAGGCCGCGAAGGAUGUUGGCCGUACGCCUACCAAGGUCAAACCCGAACCUCAAGACGACGACAUAACCAUGCCAGAUGCUAUUCCACAUGCAGAUGACGAUGACUUCCUCCCGGAGCAUAACGUCCGUGUGCGCUCGGCUCAGAGCAUGAGCCCAACAAAGAGGAGCACAACAGAACUACGAUCAACUCAACCCACUCCUGAGCCUGAAAUCCCUGACCCACGCAGCCUACUUCACACCAAAGAGGAAAUCGACGAAUAUGACCGGCACAUGGAAGAUUUGGCUAUCAUCAGGGAUCUUCUUGUUCCCAAGGAGCCAAAGAAGGCCACCACAGAAGCAGAAUCUACCGAAGGAGCUGCCGAAGACAAACUGGCCGCAGUAGAAGGACAGGAAGGUGGCCAAGCGAGUGAAGAGAAGGAAGAACAGGAAGAGGACAACCCUCUACAUGGCCAAAUGUUCCUCAUGCAAUUCCCGCCAAUGACUCCCUACCUCAGGGUCGCCGGUUCUGCCCCAGACAACCAACACUCAGCUGCAGUCACAGCCGCAACUGCACCUCCUCAGAACGAGAUCAAGCGUGAAGCAGGUGACGAUGUGGAGAUUGUUGAAAACACGCAGCCAACCGAAUUGAAGGAAAACAGCAUUAUCACAGCUGGCCAGCCAUGGUCUCUACCCACAGGCCGUGUCGGCAAAUUGAACGUACACCAGUCAGGCCGUGUGACUCUAGACUGGGGUGGAAUUAGUAUGGAAUUGGAUCGUGGAGCACCAGUUGGUUUCGUCCAGGAAGCCGUCAUCCUGUCAAAGGUGCCAUUGGAGUCAGAGGAAGACACACCAAAACAUGUUUGGUCCAUGGGCCAGUUGUCUGGCAAGUUCACAGUCACACCGAACUGGGAUGAGAUGCUUUGA